AUGACCUCCAAACGACAUGUCAGACGAGUCACGUUAACGUCGAAGAAAAACUGGUGGAUGGUCGAGCUCGACGAUGAACAGGAGAGCGCAAAUCCCCCAAUCACCCCCUAUGCAGACGAGGCCCCGCCGCACGAGCAUCAACAUAUUCCUUUUGUUUCAAAUCCAUACACAAGCUAUGAAACCGCUCGCACGCCAGGCCCAUCCAUCCCAGCCUUCCCUCCACCCAACAACCCCCUCUCAAUAUUCUCAUUCCCUACUCCGACAACAUAUUCGGCCCCUCCUAAUCCUACUCACAAUCUGGCACCUUUUGAGGCGGGUUCUGCCUCCGAACUGUUCAAGUGCGUUGUCAAAAAGCCAAAUGUCGUCCAGCUUGAAAUUAAUGGAGAAAUGCAAUCCAAUGCAAACGAUGUCAUGACACAGUUCCUCGCGGAGCUUCGCGUCUACACGACUGUGACGCGGCACAGGAAUAUCACGGCUUUCCUUGGUUGUAUAGAGAACGUCGGCAUGGCCCUCGAGUUCAUCGACGGACGUACGCUCUGGGCCGUCGUCCGCGAGCGGCCAGAGCUCAUGCGAAGUAAGAAGAUUGACUACCACAACCAGCUGCUUGAUGGGCUGACACACCUGCAUUCCUUCAACCUGAGCCAUGGGGAUCUCUCGCUGCUUAAUGUACAGGUGACCCACUCAUCUGACACCAUCAAGCUGCUUGACUUUGGCCGCUCUGUCUCAGCAGAGUCUACUUACGCGUCCCCGCUGGAGAACCUCGCAGAGCCCCCACCACUGCAGCCGCCGGUACGCCCUCCUCCCGCCUCUCGCUUCGCACAUAAAUUACCCCACGUCCCUUCUGUCGUCCUUCCGCCGCCGUCUCCGCCCCGCCAAGUCGAACAAAUCCACCCCGGAACGCGCCCGUUCUCUGCGCCAGAGGUCCUGCGCGGGGAAUGUCAGGAUGCGCGCCUCGCAGAUGCGUACAGCUUUGGGAUGAUUCUGGUUUGUCUGGACAGGUGCGAUUUGGUCGACAUCAAGCCUUGGGUGCAGAGGAAAGAUGUGUUGCCUCCCGGCUUCUUGGACGGUCUGCUCGUCUUUCGCGCGAGGUGUGAACAAUACCUUAAGAAAUGGGAUUGUGGGCGACGACGACUGCUAAAAGAAGACAUGAUGGACAUCGAUGUUCAGAUGGAUGGAUAG